UCCAUCACUGGCUGUAAUGAAAAAGAGGGCCUAACCUUUACCAUUUUAAACAUUGUUUUCAUCCUUUAUUGUUUAUUUAAUUUCACAUAAGGAAUUUGAUCUGACCGUGGGCAGAGACAACAAUGUCUCACUCCAUGGAUUUUCAGGGGCAAAUAGCCUCUAUUAUGGAGGUCCUGGCCAAUGCAGCCGUGGCAGAAAUAUGUAAAGUUGUUGACGAUGGCUAUGCCGUCGUUCAGCUGGAGAUGUCUCAGAACCACAAAGAGAACGAAUUUCUGAAGAGAAAGAUAAAAUUAAUGGAGCUUCAGAUUGCUAAACUUCGUGCCGAACGAAGAUGUCAAGACGGGACUUUUCUAAAUCGUUUCCAUGGUGUGCAAUUGCUGAACAGACAAAACAGAGAGAGGGCUAAUUCAGCAGCAGGAUUGACUGUGAAGAGUCGCUUCAGGAAUUGGGAUGUCCGCACUAAUACGCCACCUACAGAAGCGCCGGUAGAAAAGUCUCCACAUGUAAUUGCCAGCAGUAAAGUUGGGUCAGACGACAUGGAGGAGGGAGAGCCAGAUUUGCUGAUUAUCAAGGAGGAGAAGCCAGAGGAACCAAAGCCCCUUGAUCAAGAGGCUGAGGAAUCUGGUCGUUGUCUUGAAAGUGCCUAUGAUGUUGAUGAUGAUGCACCUUUCCUGCCUUCUGCAGUCCCCGUGGAGCCCAGGACCAGGCACGCAGACGUGGAGGAUAAAGUCCUGGAUGAUAGGAAGACCAUAACCAAACCAGUUAAACAGGAGAAUACAGAAGAGACAAUAGGCAUCAGUGAAGGUUCUGAUAAACCAGGAAUCAGUGCAGAAGUCUUCCAUGUUGUUGAGGUCAACAUACCAGACAAAGCCGUCAAACCAGAGAGCAGGAAAGAUGGCAUGAGGCAAAAACCGCAACUCGCAGGCUCUAGAAAUUUCAGAGCGCAAAAGUCACAGCGCAAUCACUCUGAGUGGCCAUCUUGUUCCACUAGGCCUAGUCUAGACCAUUCAUCAUUCCACGUCAGCAGCAGGCUUGGGCAUGUCCAUGGAACCAUGGGUGAGCUGAGCCCAGGACGUCCGGAUGAAAAGCCAGAUGUCAUAAUAAUUGACCCGUCUACAGUUAAUGAGGAGCAGAAUACACAGUCCCAGUGGCACAGUGACAUACAGAUGCAAAGAGCCAAUAAACAACCUGAGUUCUGUAGACAAGAAUAUGCGGACAAAGAUAUGCAAGGGCUAAGAGACCAAAGCCAGUCACAUUCUCAAAAGAAGGGGGGAAAUGUCUUUGAGUCAGAGUCCUAUUCAAUGGACAUGAACACACUUGGGUCUUAUAAUAUGUGUGUUGGCCUUGAUAAUUCAUCUGGUGAAUCACAGGGGCAGCAACUUCCAUGGGUGCUAUCAGACUCAGAAGACAAUGCCACCUCUGCUACAGUCCCCUCUCAAAGGAGGAGCAGAUCUUUCUGCUGCACGCUGUGUGGCAAACGCUAUAUGACUGUCAAACAACUCAAAGUACACCAGAAGAUCCAUGCUGGAGAGAAGCCCUACUGUUGUAUACAGUGUGGCAAGCGAUUCAUCCAGCUAUACAGCCUUAAACGGCACCACAGGGUGCACACAGGGGAGAAGCCUUUCCGCUGUGGCCAGUGUGGAAAGCAGUUUGCUCACUCCAGCAACCUCAAAGUUCACCAGACCGUCCACACAGGUGAAAAGAACUUCCAUUGUGCUCAGUGUGGGAAAAACUUCUCCUUCUUGAGUAAUCUCAUCCGACAUCAGGCAAUUCAUGUAGCAAAAUAACCCUUUUUAUUAUAUAGAUAUAACUGUAAAUUAUGUAACCAUCACAUAUACCAAUAAAUAAUUAAAAAAAUAAUAAUGUUGUAACAACAUGCAUUUUUUUGUGUGUGACUG